UAAUUUUGUCAUUGUUUUGUUUUGAUUUUCCCGCCAAGUUUAUGCCAGAAAAAAUACUAAUCACACAAAAAUUGCAACGCACUGCACAUUUUUUGUUAAAAUUAUUAAGCACGUAUUAAACAAUUAGAAAAAUUAACAGAACGAAAUGGCAGACUCACCGAGUGAGCCCCGUGCCAAGCGGCAAAGAGUUGACAAAGCGGGACGCUUUGCUGCCUUAGAAAAACUAAAACAAUUGAAGGGCAGCAAACACAAAUAUGAAGUUGAGGAAGAAGUGGAUAGUGUCUAUGAAGUAGUGGAUGAGAGGGAAUAUGCAAAAAAAGCUAAACAACUGUAUGGUGAUGAUUGGAUAGAAGAUGACGGCACUGGUUAUGCCGAGGAUGGUCGAGAUUUUUUUGAAGAUGAAGAUGAGUACUCAGAUGAUGAUGCGGCCCAAACAUCGAAGAACCAAAAGAAGGGUGCCAAAAAGCGACCACGAGAUAGUGAUAAACCUGUUAAAGGUAAAGGUUCCAUACGUAAUCUGUUUAGUAAUGCCGUACCUAAGAAAACUCCAGCCACCUCCAUUAAAGAUGAUGAUAUCUUGGCUGACAUAUUGGGUGAAUUACAAGAUAAACCCAAAGAAGCGGCUACCAGCUCCACUAGUAAUGGUAGUGAUAAGCCACAUAAAGUUAUAGCUCCAGCUAGAAUUGUAAGCAAUGUAACAAGAAAAUCAGAUGCUGCUGUGGCCAAGGAAUACAUGAAUAAUUUUAUGAAUAACAUCAAAAUGAAAGAAACGGCUAAUAAAGCCAAAGACAAGGAAAACAGUGAUGAUGAACUAUUGGAUAGUAUAUUAAAAUCUAAGCCUAAUGAUAAAGUCAAGACAGUCGUAGCAAAACCUAUAGAAAAGGAAAAUGAAACCGGAAAUGUAAAAGAAAAUAAUGAAAGAAAAUCAAAGACAAAGGAAAAUUCUACAGAAAGGGAAGAAGUAACGUCUGCCGAAAAACUUGAAAUACCAGAUGAUGACAUGGAUUUCAGUUGUUUGCAAGAUGAUGAAAAUCAAUUUGAAUUGGAAAAAACAUUAUCUUCUGCCUCCACGGCCACCACAAAAGACAAAUCCCCCACUAAAUCUUCAGUGAAAGGAACGACAACGACAGCGUCACCAUCAUCUGCAGCAACAUCCGCUAAAAAAUCAUCGCCCAUUGAUCAAGAGGAAGAUAUUCAAAAUUUACUUAGUAAUUGGGAAAGUAUUUGUCAAAUGGAUAAUUUUGAAGAAGAACUUACUGCCUCUACAGCCACUUCGAGUGAGGCUAAUGGUGAUUCUACGGAAAAUUUACGUUUUUGGUAUUGGGAAGCCUGGGAAGAUUCAGUACGACGUCCCGGAGAAAUAUUUUUAUUUGGUCGCACCGCAGACGGUAAAUCGAUUUGUGUAAGAGUGGAGAAAAUUGAUCGCGUGGUGUACUUAUUGCCAAGAGAAUAUCUUUUAGAUCCCAUUUCCAAAGAGCCCACUAAACAGAAAGUCACCUUGGCUGAUCUUUAUAAAGAAUUCAAUGACACAAUAUCGGUCGAUUUAAAACUAAGCGAAUUUCGUUCUCGCAAAGUAACCAAAAACUUUGCCUACCACUCAAUAGGCAUAGAUGUGCCACAACAAUGCGAUUACAUGGAAGUACAUUAUGAUGGCAAAAAACCACCACCAAAUAUAAAACAAAAAUACAAUUCUAUAGCACAUAUUUUUGGAGCAAAUACUACUUCCUUAGAAAGCUUUUUAUUGGAUCGUAAAAUAAAGGGACCCUGUUGGUUAAAUUUGAAACAAUAUAAAAAGAAUGCGGCACCAAUGAGUUGGGGUAAAAUCGAUGUUACUGUAAGUGAACCAAAACAUAUAGUGUUGGCUGAGAACCAGAAACCUCAACCACCACCUUGUUUAACUUUGCUGACAUUAAAUGUGCGCACUGCUUUGAAUCCUAAGACACUAAAAAAUGAAAUCUGUAUGAUAUCCAUGCUGUCACACAACCGUUUCUUUAUCGAUAGACCAGCUCCUCAGCCGGCAUUUAAUAAGCACAUGUGUGGUCUGACAAGACCGGCCAUGUGUUCGUGGCCUUUUGAUCUAAAUGCCAAACUUAAUAAAUACAAAGCCACCAAAGUAUUUAAACAUGAUUCCGAAAGAUCUUUGCUUAUUUGGUUCCUGACGCAAUAUCAGGAAAUUGAUGCAGAUUUAAUAGUAACCCACGAUGCCAUGGAUUGUCAACUGGAUGUGUUGGCCGAUCGUAUUGUUACCUUAAAAAUACCACAAUGGUCACGUUUGGGCCGCUUGCGCAUGACUCAAGCAUUCGGCAAGAAAAUGUUGGAUUUCUUUAUUGGUCGUAUGGUUUGUGAUGUCAAGCGUUCGGCCGAGGAAUGCAUUAAAUCGAGAUCCUACGAUUUGCAGACUUUAUGUCAAAACGUUUUAAAAAUUAAAGAAAAUGAACGUAUGGAUGUGAAUGAAGAAGAUCUAAAGGAUAUGUAUGAAACUGGUGAUGGUAUUUUGAAAUUGUGUACUUUAACCAUGCAGGAUGCUUCCUUUAUACUAAGGCUAAUGUGUGAUUUAAAUAUAAUGCCUUUGGCUUUACAAAUCACUAAUAUCUGUGGCAAUGUUAUGACCCGUACUCUACAAAGUGGUCGUUCGGAAAGAAAUGAGUUCUUGUUAUUGCAUGCUUUUACUGAGAAGAACUACAUAGUGCCGGAUAAAAAGAAGAGAGAAUAUGGUGCUGCUGGUAGUGCUGGCGGAGAUACGACUAUGGGAGAGGGACAUGAUUUGGAGAGUACUACUAAUAUUACAGCGUCUGCUGCUGGCGGUGGACGUAAAAAGGCUGCUUAUUCCGGUGGCUUGGUAUUGGAACCCAUUCGUGGUCUUUAUGAUAAAUACAUCUUACUUAUGGAUUUCAAUUCUCUAUAUCCCAGCAUAAUACAAGAGUAUAAUAUAUGUUUUACCACUGUACAACAACCCUAUAACAUAGAAGAUUUGCCCACUCUACCUGAAUCAAGUGUAGAACAGGGAAUUUUACCACAGCAACUUCGUCGCUUAGUCGAGUCAAGACGUGAAGUUAAAAAGUUAAUGGCUGCUCCAGACCUAUCACCUGAAUUGCAAAUGCAAUAUCAUAUACGUCAAAUGGCUUUAAAGUUGACCGCUAAUUCUAUGUAUGGUUGUUUGGGUUUUGCCCAUUCUAGAUUCUUUGCUCAGCAUUUAGCCGCUUUGGUUACACACAAAGGUCGAGAAAUUUUAAUGAAUACCAAAUCGUUGGUACAAAAAAUGAACUAUGAGGUGGUGUAUGGUGAUACAGAUUCAAUAAUGGUAAAUACCAACAUCACCGAUUAUGAACAAGUUUUCAAAAUUGGCAACACCAUUAAGCAGAAUGUGAAUAAGUUGUACAAACAAUUAGAAUUGGAUAUUGAUGGUGUAUUUAGUUGUCUGCUGCUUCUGAAGAAAAAGAAAUAUGCUGCUGUAAAGGUGAUCAAAUCGAAAGGUGAGUUGAAAAAAGAACAGGAACAUAAAGGUCUCGAUAUUGUACGACGUGAUUGGUCCCAAAUUGCCAUUAUGGUGGGUAAAGUUGUAUUAGACGAGGUUCUAUCGGAAAAACAACUCGACGAUAAACUUGAUGCUGUUCACUCACAUCUGGAAAAGGUUAAAGAUCAAAUACUUAAAGGCGAAGUACCAUUGCCUAUGUUUUUGAUUACUAAACAACUCUCCAAAGCACCGACUGAUUUUAAUAAUACUAGUACCCAGCCUCAUGUUCAAGUAGCUUUGCGUAUGAAUAAAACUCGUAAUAGACGUUUUAAAAAGGGCGAUAUGGUUAAUUAUAUCAUUUGUCAGGAUGGCACUUCAAAUCCCGCCACUCAGCGUGCUUAUCAUUUAGAUGAGUUAAAAGGUAGUGAGACAUUAAAACUGGAUACAGAUUAUUACUUAGCGCACCAAAUACAUCCGGUAGUUACACGUAUGGUAGAGGUUUUGGAUGGCACCGAUGCCAGCCGUAUUGCUGAAUGUUUGGGUUUGGAUCCCACCAAAUUUAGAGCUCAAGUUCAAAGAACUUAUGAAGAACGUGCUGAAGAGUCAACAGGUGAAUCUUUAAUCAAAUCUACUCUACAAAAGUAUCGUCAAUGUGAAAAAUUCAAAUUUAUUUGUGUUAAAUGCAAAACUGAAAAUAUAGUAGCUGCUGCGUUUAAACCUUCGGCAAAUCACACAUAUGAAGCUGUUCUGCAAAAAUGUACAAAUGCCGAAUGUAGCAUAAGCCCCUAUCAAUAUGUUAUUGCCAUACGCAAUCAACUAAUUCUAACCAUGAGACAAUACAUUAAACGUUUCUAUCAGAAUUGGUUAGUCUGUGAUGAUCCAGCCUGUAAUCAUAACAGUCGUUGUUAUACCCAUGUCACCAGUGGUAGUCGGCCGGUGUGUAUGCGUUGUAAAAAUGGUACUCUUGUGCGGCAGUAUACGGAAAGAGAUUUAUACAAUCAAUUGAGUUAUUUUCAAUAUAUGUUUGAUUUAAGCAAACAUCAACAUAAAAAUGUUAAUAUAAGUCCCGAAGUCACGGCUGCUUAUCAUGUCUUGCGUGAAACUGUUGAUCAACAAUUACAAAAGUCAGCUUAUUGCACUAUUGCCCUGUCGAAGUUGUUUGUUAAUUUGAAACCAUUGUCGAAAAGUGAUGAAAUUUCCCAUCAAAAAAUUAAUAUGCCAGCGGUACAAGUGGCUGCUAGUUUAGCUGAUUAAUGAAUUAAGUUAAGAUUUGAAUGUAAGGUAACGUUUUUAAACAAAUAUAUACAUAUUUUUUAACUGCC